AAUUUAUUUAUCCUCCCAAAAAGGUGGAUAUUCCGGUUUAUCUAUGAGCUUUGCCCAUAGUGUUUGGAUUUGUUUACAUUUAUGACGGAAGCUUUCAUUCGAACUACGCAUCACACAGCUGUACCGUGCGCGUAUGAUAAAAAAAAUCCGUUCCGUGGAGUUUCCGGUGUCCGCUAGAGCUCGACCGAAUCAUUUGGACAUGUGUUAGUGGUGGUGUGCACUAUUGUAGCAACCUGUUGGAGCGAUUCGAUCGCCGUCGUCGUGCAGCACUGCUAUCAUCUUACGACGGUUUAACAAAAGUGUCUAAAGGGAGAAAGUAUCUGCUUAGUUUCAUACUAAAGGUACCCGUACCGUUCCGAUUACAUUGGAACUGAUAUCAUUUUAUCACGGCCGAAUCUGAGCAGCUUGGUUGUACAACGUACUGAUAAACUCGAAACGAUGGCCAGAAACCGCUUCCUUGUGCAAUUCUUCAUCCUGCUGCACCUAGUGAUCGAUAAGUUGCUAUACGUCUGUCUCCAGUGGUACUGGGGCCCAAGCAAACAACGAUGUCCGACUUUGCAGCGCAAACGGAUGAUCGUUACGUACAGUGCAGUCCAGCUGGCACGGAUGAUCCGCAACCGCGAGGUGUCCUGCUACGACGUGAUCAGUGCCUUUAUCGAUCGACUGAACGAGGUCAACCCGCUGGUGAAUGCGGUACUCGAUGGUCCGUUUAUCGAGGCACUCGAUGAGGCGCGUCACAUCGACGAGCGACUACAGCAAGGUGCGAUCAGUGAGGCUGAGUUUGAGUCGAAACCGUUCCUCGGAGUACCGUUCACUACGAAAGACAGCACGGCGGUCAAGGACCGGUUGCACACGCUAGGUAUCGUCGCACGGCGCACUGUGAAAGCGAACAAUGACGCCGAGUGCGUACGGUUGUUGAAGGAGGCCGGGGCAAUUAUCAUAGCGACCACGAGCAUACCGGAAAUCAACCGAUGGCAAGAAACGCGCAAUAACAUUAUCGGACAGACGAACAAUCCGUACGACAAUCGACGCACGGUCGGUGGAUCUAGUGGAGGUGAAGGUGCUCUUCUAGCGACUUGUGGAACAGCAAUCGGAUUAGGAACCGAUAUCGGAGGCUCGAUCCGAAUGCCCGCCUUUUACUGUGGUGUGUUUGGUCACAAGCCAACGACGGGCAUCAUAAACACACGCGGAUGUUCUUUGCGUACGGGGCGUGAACCUUCUACAAUGGUCGUAGCCGGACCGAUGACACGCUAUGCAACCGAUUUGCUGCCCCUGAUGAAAGUAUUAGUGGGAUCGGAAAAGUCAACCAGCCUUCGGUUCGACGAACCGACCGAUGUUCGUAAGCUGCGCUACUUUUACAUUGCUGAAUCGGGCGAUGUCAAGUGCAGCGGUGUGCAGCCCCAACUGCAGAAGGCAAUGAAACGAGUGGUUGAACACUUUUCGCAAAUAGCACCGGGUGGAGUGCAGAAGGUUACGCUAAGCGGAACGGAAAAGACGACUAACAUGUGGCGCUACUGGAUGACACAGGAGCCGGCCAACUUUGGUACGCUGCUGGGCAAUGGAAAGCCGCUUAGUCCGUUGGUGGAGCUAGCUAAAAAGCUUACGGGUCGUAGCGAGUACACGAUGGCUUCGGUCUACUCGCUUAUGGACACGUUAUUGCCCCAGGAAAAGGAAGAUGUAAUCAAAGAGCUAACGCGGUGCUGUGAUCAGGAACUAACGGAACUGCUCGGAGACGAUGGUAUUCUGUUUUAUCACAGCACUACCCACACGGCACCGUACCAUUAUUCGGCAUUCGUGAACGUGUACAACUUUAGCUACUGGUGCUUGUUCAAUGUACUGCACGUGCCGGCCACACAGGUGCCGCUGGGAUUGGAUGAUGACGGACUGCCGCUUGGCAUACAGGUUGUGGCCAGCCGUAACCGUGAUCGACACUGUCUAGCGGUGGCUGAAGAAAUCGAGCGUGUGUUUAACGGUCGGAUUCCUCCUUUCAUUGUAGAUUAGUGUCGCAAUGUACGAGGUAAUUGGGCUGAAAGGGUAAUGGGGGUUUUCUCACACAACACUGCGACGGUGAAUCACUUAAUCUAAAUAAUCUUAUCAUGUCAAUUGUUACUCUCUUUGGGUCAUGCACUGUGCAGUUUUGGGUCACCAAUUAUAUUUAUUCGUUAACUUAUGCAAAGUUCGUUUCUUUUCGUUUGUUCUGCGUUUGUCGUUUAAUUAAAAUAAUAAUAAAAACCGACCCGAUAGGUGAUCAUGGUUUUCAUGGCGAGUAAAGGUUGGGUUUUUUUAAA